AACUAAAAAUGGAUAGUGAGGAAGAAGUAAAAGACUAAUUAAAAAAUAAAAAUGAAUAAGAAGUCCAAGAAGAACCUGAAAAAAAAAAGAAUUAAAGAAAUUAACAAAAAAAAUGUUUAUUAUUGCUAAGGUAUAAAAAAAUAAAAAUACAAAUAAAUAAAAAAAUAGCAUGUUCAUUGCCACCUGAAUUUUGCAUGUUUUAAUCAAAUACAAAAUUAAGAAAAUGUUAAGAAUGGUUAAGAAUUAAUAAUCCUAAAAUGUACAUAUAACUAUACUAAUAACCAUAAUAAUAAGAUGAAAAAAAAGAAGGUGAUUAAUAAAAUUCAACCGAAUAAAAAAAACUGAAGGAUAAUAAGAAGAAGAAAAAAAUAGGAAAAUUAACCAGAAUUAACUUCUGAAGAACUUGAAAAAUUAGAAAUAUAAAAAUAAAAAAAGACAGCAUAAUUAAUGUUAUAAGGAACUGACAAUAAAAUUACUGUUUUAUUAACAAGAAGAAAGUUUAAAAAAAUUGUUACUGUUAUUACUGGAUUAAGCAAAUAUAAGGCAGCUAAAAAAUUUAGACAUAAAUUUGCUUGUGGAGCAAAAGAAGAAGGGGAAGAAGUUGAAAUUUAAGGAGAAGUAGCGGAUGUUAUAGCUGAUUAUAUUAUUUAAGAAUGGAAACAU